UCGCGGAAGCGCUGGAGAAGGGGUGGCCUUUCGUAAUGGCAGCGUCUGAGGAGGAGCCUGAGGCCCCGACCGAGCAGCUCGACGUCGCGCGCGGCCUGGAGAACUUGCCUGUGAGCGCGUGGCCCCCGGGGGCGAGGCCGGCGCCCUUCCAGUAUACUCCUGAUCAUGUAGUUGGACCCGGAGCAGGCAUUGAUCCCAGUCAGAUAUCCUUUCCUGGAUGCAUUUGUGUCAAAACUCCCUGCCUUCCUGACACUUGCUCCUGUCUCCGCCAUGAAGAGAACUAUGAUGACAAUUCAUGCCUUAGAGAUAUAGGAGCAGAAGCAAAGUAUGCUGAGCCUGUUUUUGAAUGUAAUGUGCUGUGCCAGUGCAGUGACCACUGCAGAAACAGAGUGGUUCAGAGGGGUCUGCAGUUCAACCUCCAGGUGUUCAAGACGGAUAAAAAAGGCUGGGGACUUCGUACCCUGGAAUUUAUACCAAAAGGAAGGUUUGUCUGUGAAUAUGCUGGUGAAGUUUUAGGAUUCUCUGAAGUACAAAGAAGAAUUCACUUACAAACAAUUUAUGACUCGAAUUACAUUAUAGCCAUCAGAGAACAUAUUUAUAAUGGGCAAGUAAUGGAAACAUUUGUUGACCCUACCUAUAUAGGAAAUAUUGGAAGAUUUCUUAAUCAUUCUUGUGAGCCAAACCUGUUGAUGAUUCCUGUCCGUAUUGACUCAAUGGUACCUAAGUUGGCACUCUUUGCAGCCAAAGACAUUUUGCCAGAAGAAGAACUCUCAUAUGAUUAUUCAGGAAGAUUUCUUAAUCUAAUGGAUGAUGAAAACAAAGAAAGGUUAGAUAAUGGGAAACUAAGAAAACCUUGUUACUGUGGUGCCAAAUUGUGUACUACUUUCCUGCCUUAUGACAGUUCACUGUACUGCCCCUUAGAAAGGCCAGAUAUCAAUUGUGGGAAUGAGAGGAAACCAAGCAUGUGUGGCUCCCUUCACAAGCCACUUACCCUCAAGGUAAGUCUGCCCUGUAGUAAGCAGCUUGACCCUCCCUACAGGGAAGGCCAGUGGUUGUCUAGCUUUGCCCUUGCCUAGUUGCAUAAGUUUAACUCAGGAAUGUGGCAGAGACUGCGAGCUGUCCAUCAAUAUCCUUUCUCCCCUUCUGUAAUAGAAUUCUCAAUUUUACCUGGGUAUAUGACUAUCCCGAAUACUCACUUUCCUAGUUAGAUGUGGCUAAGUGACUAUGGUCUAGCUAAUGGGAUAUAAGCAAAAAUGGCCUGUCCUUAAAUAGAGAUAUCCUGCCCUUCUCCUCAUCUUUCUUCCUAUUGGCUGGAAUGUAUACAUGAUGAUGGGAGCUGGAGCAGCCAUCUCAGAUCCCAAGAUGGCCUGGAAAAAGGAAGCCAUGCCUAGCAAAUCAACAAAAUAGAAAGGAGUCUGAGUGUUUGAUACUGUAGAACAUUCAACCAGUCCUAAUCUAACACCUCUUGACUUUCAAGUGAAAAAAAUAGUCUCUCCUUGGUUUAAGCCACUGUUACUGUGAGUUUUCUAGCACUCACACCAAACCUCAUCAUGAUGAUCCAAGAAAACUCUUGUGUCUGCAUAUCUAAGCCCUGCUUUCCAGCCAAUUUUAUCAGUAAUAAAGCUGAUAUUUUGAUUUCUGUCA